UUGUUUGUUGAUACUACUAGAGAAGGAUCGCAAACUAGGUAGAGAGCUCCAGGUUGAAAACCAUUGCGGUGUCAGUGUAUUGGCUUACUGUAAUUUACGAUGCUGAGGCUUUCUGAAGAUGUCCCUGGCCAGUUCGCUGUAUCAGGCAUGGAAGCAGGAAAAGAAUCACCCAGUAGUUUAUUUACUCCAGAACUUCUUAAUCUAUAUAACUAUGAGGAUUGGAGUGUUCAGGUAGAAACCUAUUUGCUGGCAGAAGAUCUGUGGGACAUUCUGGAACCCACCUAUGAACCUCCCAAACGAGAGGAUGGCGAAGCAGAAUUUAAGGCUUGGCGGAAGAAGAAUGCCAGGGCUUUGCUUGCAAUUCGGUUUUCUUGUGGGCCUGACACUGUGUCUCUGAUCAGGAAAACUAGGAUGGCCAAAGUUGCUUGGAAUACUUUGGCACAAAAGUUCGCAUCAUCACCACAAAUCCUAGGUAUAUAUUUCGUAUCUCUUCCAACUCUGGAUUCCGGAAUUGGAAUGUUAACCUUAGCCCACCCCACCCUUACAUAUGUUAGUGAGAAUCAAACCUAUUACCUUUACAAUGUUAGAAUUAUAACUUACCUAGAAUAA